AGCGGUAACACUGAGUCAAACGCUUAUCAGUUGCCUACCAUGAGCUCACUCAAAGACAUCAUGUCGAUAAUCGACCCGAGCGCAAGGUCCGCAGCAACAGCAUCAAAGCAAGGUCCGCUUGGCAGUGCCCCUAAACCAGCGCCGCGACCGGUUGGAGGGGCGAACGGCGCGUCUCAAGCACCGCAGUUGAAGCGAAAGGCAUCGGGUCCUGUUGAGAAUGGACAGACAAAGGUGCAGAGAAAAGAGGCGGUUGGCGGAAUAGCACAGGCAAAUGGCGCGGUUCGUGCCACGUCGUCACCUGCCACGUCAAGACCUUCUUCGUCUACGCCUACCACCUCCGUCCCUUACCGCGGAACCGCUGCGCCCUCGUCUUCGAAAACAGCAAACCCACCUGCCCGAAAGCCUCUCCAGUCAUCAAACACACCCGCUACUACAACCAAGGCCCCGGCGCCUGCUCCCAAACCUGCUCCGGUAGCCACCGGCCCCGCACCCGCCUCGAAUGCCGCACCCAAGAAAGGUUAUCUGGCCAUGCUCCAGAAGGCCAAAGAGAAGGAUGCCAGCAAACCCGUAGCGCCACCGAUCAAACAUGAGCCUACAAAAAUCUUGACGCGGAAGGAGCGGCUGGCGCUCAAGGCAGAAGCAGGAGUAAAAGGCAAGAAACCUGUCGCCGGACUGCCGUCGAAGCCUGCAGAUCCCAAGGCGGAUCCCUCCAAAGAGAAGAAGAAGGUCGAAGUAGGUUAUCAAGGCACUGCACGGCCGGCUCGGAAGCCUGUUGAAGUUGGCUACAAAGGCACCGCUCGUCCCUCCAGUGCACCUGUAACGUCGAGUCGCAACGGCACACCGGCUGCAAAACCAAAACCCAACCCAACCAAGGGCCGCUAUGACGGAUAUGCAGACUGGGAUGACCUUGACGACAUGGACGACGAUGAAGAAGACUAUGAAUCCGACGGCUCUUCGGCCAUGGAGGGAGGCAUAUGGGAUGUCGAAGAGGAAGAACAGUUGGCACUCAAGGCUGCCAAGAAGGAAGAUGCUGAAGCUUUGGCAGAAGAGAACAGGCUCAAGAAGGAGAAAGAGGAGCGAAAGAAGAGGCUGGCAGCAAUGGCAGCCAAAGCAAAAAGAAAAUAUUAA